GGUUCAUUUCGACUGUUACUGUACCGAGGUAACGACAGUUUGUUGCUCUCUCUCUGGCUGUAACCUGUAGUUUUAACGUUAACAACUCCUGUAACGUUAUAAGUGAGUUAUGGUUGUCUUUUUAAUCAACCGUGACAUGAAAGUGAGUUACCGUGAGAUUCAUGCGACAGCCUCACCCUACUGUACUCAAUACGACAGCUUCUAUGGGAACCUCCUGACAUUACCUGGAAUCCACGAUUUUAUUACUCUAUUUCACAAUUGGAUUUCCUCCCUGAGGCCAGUUUAAGUAGCUUUAUGUUGUCAGUUAUAUGCAGCAGGAUGUAUUAAUUAAACAGUUAUUUUACUGUUUUUAUGUAACAAACAUUUAGGUGUGGACACGGGUGUGUUCACACAGGUGUUUAACUUGGUGGUGGCGGUUUUAAACGGUGACUUCACCUGUGAACUCAACUCUAACCAUUUACAUGUCACUAGACUUUGGACUCGUUGAAUACAAGUCCAUUUUAAUGCUGACUAAAGCAGAAUGUAUGUGUUGGCUAGUGAGUAACUUAAACAGAGUUUAUUUCACAAAAGGACACCACUCUUUCUUUGUGAUAGUAAAUUGCAGAUCGGUUGUGCCUUACGGCUACUGUGGCAGCUGCACUUCUUCCUCAGUGCUUUUGUAAUUCUUCACAUCUGUACUUGAGCAUGCUGCAGUAGUGCUGUAACAACACUGGGAAGGAUAUUGUGAGCUUUAGAUCUAGGCUGAGCUCUCAGGUCGGACUAUGACAGGAAUGUGAAGGGGCAUAAGUUGUAGCAUGCGCUCACUCUAUAUUCCGCUCCCUUUCAAUACAACACAAGCCUUAAAUGUCCAAUAACUCCCAGGUCAUUUGAAAUUGAGGUCGAACAGGAUCAGUGACUUGUCACUGGGCUAAAGUUAAGCUAAGAUACAGGUUUAGAGGUUUAGAUCAAAAUUGACAGAAUGGCGGUAUGCAUUUUCCUUCUGCUACAGAAUACGGAUUAUAAUGCUUCAUUCUUGUGAGUCCAUGUUGUCUUGCAUGCCAGACCAAUCAGGCAGCAUCCUAAAAAACGAUGUGGUUCGCUGAAGUGAACCUUUUGUUUUCUGUACCAAAUCAUGCUUUCAGCUCUGCGCCCCCUUUGUAAUGCAGUGAAGGACACUUAUCUGUCUGUGUACAAUGCUUAACUCCUCAAAACACCCGAGCCGAGCGCUGGCAAAUGAUUGACUUCCUGCAUCUCCACUGGUGACCUGAGAUCUGUCGCCAGUAAUUCUGCUGGCAUCCUAAAGCGGUGUGUGACAUGUCGUUCGUUUGAGUUCGGAGCAGGAGGAACCCCCCAGUGAGAUGUACAAGGGACAGUCAGUCAGGGGGAGGGAGCGGAGGGUGAAUGCUGGUUUAUGCAGGGCAAACUGCCUGCAGAGUAUUCUCAGGGGCCGGGGCCCAGGCGUCUAAAGAUCUCUGAUGGAAGGCCAGCGCUGAAGACGACAAGAAGCCCUGACAGAGCUCACAGGCUGCAGCAGGAGGCCGCCCUGACUCUCAGUGGCUUACUGGAGCAUCACCAAGUCUUUAACUCUCAUUCAGCUUGAAGGAAUGGAAGUGAGGGCUGUAUAUCCGAACACUGCCUUGCCUCACUGUCAAGCAGUGCAAUUACACAAAAAUCUUUGCAUGUAGGAAAUGGGAGGAGAUCCGUGGAGGAAAUGUUAAAACUCGAUGGUCCCUCAGCAAACUCACACCAGUCUGCUUUACAGAAAUAGUUAAGCCAGGGUCUACAUAUUCCUCCUGCAGUAUAUUAUUGGGGGGGGGGGGGGUGAGUGUGUGUCUGUGUCUGCCUGCACUGGCUCGACUAUCCCCGAGAACAUAACACACUCUCACAUUACAAGUACAUGCCUGCUGUGUUGCAUAACUGGAUCAAAAGAGAAGCGACCGCCCCCCAAAAUAAAAAGGCUGUACGACUAAUGAGGACACGCAGUGGGAGUGAGUGAUACAGAAUAGUCCCAGUUUCUAUUAGCCGUCUUUUCUUCCUGUGGGUCACUCCUAAAAAUACAGGCUAGCUCUUGUGUAUUUAGUGCUUUAAGGGACAAAGUUGUAACGUUAACAAUUGUGGACUCCCGUUCCCCUGUAUUUCAGCGGUUUGCUUGUGAGUAGUGAUGUUGAUGAAUAGGUGAUGUUGGGUUGAUCCAUAUAAAGACUCGGAUUAGUCAAGAAUGUAAUUGCAAAUAUGGCCGAUUCCUAACCAGGUAGAUAUUAUUGUCUUCGUAUAACAAUCUGUAACACUUGCUGUAAGUGUCAUCAGAUAAUUUGGCUUAUUUCUACUUUAAAUAAGCCUUGUCUGCUGUAGGUUACAGCCCUAAUCGUUGAUACAAGAAUGGCUCAUCCAAUACAUGUUCUAUUCAAUACCAUUUGUGCAGGAUUAUGUUUCUGCUCUUAACAGUUUUGUUCAGACAUUUGUUAAAUAACGGCAGGCAGAGUGGGAGCAGCAAUUUCGAUUGAUGGCACUAUUUUUUUUUUUGUUGGUUAUUUUUAUUUUAUGACUCCAAUAGUUUUCAGGUGUUUAUGUAAUUUUUAGUGACUUUUAACAGCACUUGGUUUGGGAAAUUGCUUAAGUUUGCCUCCCUACCUGUGAGCGAUUUGAGGACUAAAUGCUGAUGUUACAGUUGUGACUUGGAUUUGUAUCAGUUCAGGCUCAUGUAUGAAAAGAUUUGUUUUCAUUACUGUUACUCCGUGUGCUUGAUAUUUGAGACGAGACAAACAGUCAAUGCAGAACUUAGGUUUCAGUGUAAUGUUUUGAUUUCCUGUGGCUCUGCUGUGAUACUCGUUCUCCAGCAUCACAGUGAUUUCUGUUUGAGUACUAGGAGUAUCCUUCCUUUUCUGUGUAACAGGUGUUAACUUCCUUUACUGUUCCAUGUCAUUUGAAAUGACUGGAAACACUUCUUUAUACAGGAAGUAAGUGCUGCAGAUACAUCAGAGACCGAUUGGUGUGUUUCCCUACUCUAGUUACACAGACAGUGUGGUCUAUUGCACAUAGACGAUUGUGUUGCAGCAAUGCAUGUAUGCUGAUGUCACAAACAACGAGGCGCGGUAGCAAUUUAUGGUUUAGCUUAUGGUUCCCACCCUGACUCCCAACAGAGGCCGGUGGUAGUUCAGGGCUCCUUCCGCUCCUCUUGAACGUGUGAGAUGAAUCAUUUGGACGUUAAGAAUGUGAAAAAGCAAAGCGUUUAGCUCUUUCACCUGCGCUGCUUAUAAGUGCUACAUCAGCAUUUCAGCUCCCAGCCGGCCCUUCGGGUCGCUGUUAUUGUGAAGACGGGCAUUAAGACGGCUCUCUCUACUUAGCUGCUCUUUAUAUUGUCCCUAAAACCCCUCCUCUCCACGCUGCCAUUCUCUCAUGUCUCCCUUGCUUGAGAGCCAAGUGGACUUGUCUGAAUGGCUGUUUUCCGCUUGUGCUCGGAGUGCUUGUACGUUGCUGGUGGUUACAGGCAGUCAGGCGGUGUCUGGUUACCUCACCUUGCAGCGUCACCCUGUUGUAAUGUUAACCCUUUGAGCAGAGACCAGGGUGGAGAGCUGGCGCUGGGCCCGGGGCGGGAUGUGUGUUUGCUUUGAAUCCUUUUAGGUUUCGGCAGGUGGUCGGAGUUCAGCGACCUAGAGAUUGUUGUUGCACCUGUUCAGAAUUUUUUUUCCGGGGAGUUUGGACCGUCUUCUGCUAAACCAGCAUUGUAGGCAUGGGCGUUUUUGUUUUUCAAGGCGACUUGUAGGCUUUGUUCGACCGAAUCUGGACCUUGAUCUCUGGUUGCUCACAUUACAGGAAGUGUUGCCAGCUAUGGAUGAUUAAGCUGUAAGAGUAUAGUCGCUUUGAGUCCAAGAUCCACGACCUGAGGGAGCAGAUGAUGAACAGCAGCAUGAGCUCAGGAUCAGGCUCCCUGCGCACCAGUGAGAAACGCUCCCUCUAUGUCAGAGCUCUGUUUGACUAUGAUCGAACGAGGGACAGCUGCCUGCCCAGCCAAGGCCUGAGCUUCUCUUAUGGGGACAUCCUCCACGUCAUCAAUGCUUCUGAUGACGAGUGGUGGCAGGCGAGACUGGUCACGCCACACGGAGAGAGCGAGCAGAUCGGGGUCAUUCCGAGCAAGAAAAGAGUGGAGAAGAAAGAGAGAGCCAGGUUAAAAACAGUCAAGUUCCACGCCAGGACCGGCAUGAUUGAGUCCAACAGGCCAGUCAAAGUAAAGCGCAAAAAAAGCUUCAACCUCUCACGCAAGUUCCCGUUUUACAAGAGCAAGGAGAAUAUUGUGCAGGAGUUGGGGGAUUCUGAACAAUGCCUGACAUCCAACACAAGUGACAGUGAAAGCAGUUCGAAGGGACAGGAGGACACUAUUCUUUCCUACGAGCCAGUCAUUCGACAGGAAAUCCACUACACACGGCCUGUGAUCAUACUGGGCCCAAUGAAGGACAGAGUAAACGAUGACCUCAUCUCCGAGUUCCCACACAAGUUCGGCUCCUGUGUACCCCACACGACUCGUCCGAGGCGAGAGAAUGAGAUGGACGGCCAAGACUACCACUUUGUGGGCUCGCGAGAGCAAAUGGAGAAAGACAUUCAGGAUAAUAAGUUCAUUGAGGCCGGCCAGUUCAAUGAGAACCUCUACGGGACGAGCAUCUUGUCUGUCAGAACUGUGGCUGAGCGGCAGGGAAAGCACUGCAUUCUGGACGUGUCGGGGAACGCCAUAAAACGACUGCAGCAAGCACAACUUUAUCCGAUCGCCAUCUUUAUUAAACCAAAAUCCAUUGAAGCCCUAAUGGAAAUGAAUAAGAGGCAGACGUACGAGCAGGCCAAUAAAGUCUUUGACAAGGCAGUCAAGCUGGAGCAAGACUUUGGAGAGUUUUUCACAGCUAUCGUACAGGGCGACUCACUAGAGGAGAUCUACAACAAAAUCAAGCUAAUCAUUGAGGAGCAGUCCGGUCCCUACAUCUGGAUCCCGUCCUCAGAGAAGCUCUGAGCUCCCUGCCCCCCCCCCCCCCCCCCCC